AUGUCGGCGACGGGGCCCAUCAGUAACUAUUACGUGGACUCUCUCAUCUCUCACGACAAUGAAGACCUCCUAGCGUCCAGGUUUCCGGCCACCGGGGCUCACCCUGCCGCCGCCAGACCCAGCGGCUUGGUGCCGGACUGUAGCGAUUUUCCGUCCUGUAGCUUCGCGCCCAAGCCGGCAGUGUUCAGCACGUCGUGGGCGCCUGUGCCCUCACAGUCGUCCGUGGUCUAUCACCCGUACGGCCCCCAGCCCCACCUCGGCGCCGACACGCGCUACAUGCGGACUUGGCUAGAGCCGCUGUCCGGCGCCGUCUCCUUCCCCAGCUUCCCGGCCGGGGGCCGUCACUACGCCCUCAAGCCCGACGCCUACCCCGGGCGCCGCGCCGACUGCGGCCCAGGCGACGGCCGCAGCUACCCGGACUACAUGUACGGUUCGCCCGGGGAGCUGCGCGACCGCGCCCCGCAGACGCUGCCCUCGCCCGAGGCGGACCCGCUGGCCGGCAGCAAGCACAAAGAGGAGAAGGCCGACCUGGACCCCAGCAACCCCGUGGCCAACUGGAUCCAUGCCCGUUCCACAAGGAAGAAGCGUUGCCCCUACACCAAGUACCAGACGCUGGAACUGGAGAAGGAGUUUCUCUUCAAUAUGUAUUUAACCAGGGACCGACGAUACGAGGUGGCCCGUGUUCUCAAUCUCACUGAGCGGCAGGUCAAAAUCUGGUUUCAGAAUCGGAGGAUGAAGAUGAAAAAGAUGAACAAGGAGAAAAGCGACAAGGAGCAAUCCUAA